AUGUCUUCAAACAUCGCGGCAUCCGGGGCCGACCCCCAACAAAAGAAGCGUUUCUCCGUCCGUCAUAUUCGCGGCAACUGGCGUCAAAGAAUCAAAAGGCUCAAAAAGUUCUUGGCCAAUCUCCGAGCUGGCAUGCGUUUCGGCAUUUCGCCGGCCCACCCUGAAAGCAGCACCCGUGAAGAGGUCCCGAUUCGGCGUAGCAACGAGUCAGAAGAUGUCAACAAGCCAGAGAAUACAGACAAGCCAGAGAAUACCAACAAGCCAGAAAAUACCAACAAGCCAGAAAAUACCAACAAGCCAGAAGACAAUGAGCCCCAUGAAGUUCCGGGGGCGAGCUUCACCGAGCAAACUCCAAAGAAAGAAGACGAGCCCACCCCAGCCAAACAUCCUAACCGGGAUCCGAGUCAAGUCAGGAGUGGUAGUAGAACCACCAGAGCCGGCAAAAAGUAUGACGAGUAUUUGAGGGUUCCGCGCAAUUCCCCGGACAGAAGCAGCGUCGAGAAGAUUCUCGGGGACGAUACUAGAAUUGAUGUGAUCUUCGAUGAAAGCUUCAGGCGUCCGUUCACUGGCCAAAAAAUCGAGAAAAGCUGGAAAAAUUCGUAUGGCGGUUUAUUACUCGACAGAAAUAAUUUCAAGCUCAUAAUGAUGCAUCGAAUGCACCACGAGUUCAUGAUGCGUAUAUUUCGCUCCAGGUCAGCGAGGCCGAAAAAAUGCGACCGGGCUACGUCGCUUACUGAGUACUAUGACUUGCAAAUGUAUCUUCGUGGCUAG